AUGACGGUGUCGAAGUUGCUUAGGGAAAGAGUGAGAUACGCUCCUUAUCUGGCCAAAGUUAGGGAAGCUCAUGAGUUGAUUCCGCUGUUCGAAAACGGACAGUACAUCGGCUGGUCAGGCUUCACGGGUGUCGGAGCGCCAAAGGUGGUGCCACACGCGCUGGUGGAACAUGUGGAAAAGAACGGGCUGCAGGGGAAGUUGCGGUUCAAUCUGUUUGUUGGGGCGUCCGCGGGGUUUGAGGAGUGCCGGUGGGCGGAGCACGACAUGAUCGAAAGGCGGGCGCCCCACCAGGUGGGAAAGCCGAUCGCGAAGGCGAUCAAUGCGGGGAAGAUCAACUUCUUCGAUAAGCAUCUCUCGAUGUUCCCGCAGGAUCUGACGUAUGGGUUUUACUCUAGGAACCGGACGGACGGCAAGGUGUUGGACUACACGAUUAUCGAGGCGACGGCGAUCAAGGAGGACGGUUCGAUUGUGCCCGGACCGUCGGUGGGCGGGUCGCCGGAGUUUGUGUCGGUGUCGGACAAGAUUAUCAUCGAGAUUAACACUGCUACGCCCUCGUUUGAGGGGCUGCAUGAUAUAGAUAUGCCUGUGAACCCGCCUCACAGACAGCCUUAUCCGUAUGUGAAAGUGGACGACAAGUGCGGAGUGGACUCGAUUCGUGUGGACCCAGAGAGGGUGGUGGCGAUCGUGGAAUCGCGCACGAUGGAUCAGGUACCCCCUAAUACGCCCUCGGACCAUACUUCUAAGGCGAUCGCCAACCAUUUGGUCGAGUUUUUCAGAAACGAGGUGAGGCACGGCAGGCUACCUGAAAAUCUGCAUCCUCUGCAAAGCGGGAUCGGUAACAUUGCCAACGCGGUGAUAGAGGGUCUGACCGAUGCCAGGUUCAAGCACCUGACGGUGUGGACCGAAGUGCUGCAGGACUCUUUCUUGGAUCUGUUUGAAAACGGGUCGCUGGAUUACGCCACGGCGACCUCGGUCAGACUGACCGAGAAGGGCUUCGAGAGGUUGUUCAAGAACUGGGACCAGUUCAAGAAUAAGCUGUGUCUAAGGUCGCAAGUGGUCUCGAACAGCCCGGAGAUAAUCCGUCGGCUCGGCGUUAUCGCGAUGAACACACCGGUGGAGGUCGAUAUCUAUGCUCACGCAAACUCCACCAACGUGAACGGGUCGCGGAUGCUGAACGGUCUUGGCGGGUCCGCGGAUUUCUUGAGAAACGCUAAACUGUCCAUCAUGCACGCCCCAUCGGCAAGACCAACAAAAGUGGACCCCACGGGCAUUUCGUCGAUCGUGCCAAUGGCUUCGCACGUCGACCAGACAGAGCACGAUCUCGACAUCGUCGUGACAGACCAGGGUCUGGCCGACUUGAGAGGACUCUCACCUAGAGAAAGGGCUCGCGAGAUCAUAAACAACUGUGCUCAUCCAGAUUAUAAAGACCUGCUCACAGACUACCUGCAGAGGUCGGAACACUACGCCCAAAAGCAUGGAUGUCUGCAUGAGCCGCACAUGCUGAAGAACGCCCACAAGUUCCAUACCAAUCUCAUCGAGAAGGGCACGAUGAAAGUCGACGCUUGGGAUCCCGUAGACUAG